AUGUCGAACUCGUACGCGACUACAGGCGCACGGCCAACGUCACGAUGGAAGCGGUUUGUAAAGUCGAACCUGCUUACCUUCCUGACCGUGGUCGGUGUGUUCGGUGGUACCGCACUCGGGCUGCUUCUGAAGAACUCGGCCGAACCCUGGACACAGCGUGAGGUGAUGUAUAUCCAGUAUCCGGGCGAUCUGUUCCUACGGAUGCUAAAGUGUCUGAUAGUACCACUGCUCGUAUCGUCGAUCACCAGUGCGAUCGGUUCGUUGGAUUUGAGCAUGUCGAAGAAGAUCGCUUUCCGGGCCAUCGUGUACUACUUCACCACGACGGUCUGUGCCGUCGUCUUGGGCAUUAUUCUGGUCAGUACUAUUCGACCCGGAGCGGGCCGCGAGGUGAGCAACAUUGGUGGCAAAGGCACCACGAGACAGGUGCUUACGGCCGACACACUGCUAGAUCUCGUAAGAAACUUAUUCCCACCGAAUAUCAUCCAGGCCACGAUGUUCCAGUUCCGAACCAUUCUUGUCCCUCCAGCAAAUGCUACCGGUGUUCCCUUGACGCAGUACAAGAUCACUUCCGAGUUUACCGAGGGCACGAAUGUGCUCGGUCUGGUGAUGUUCAGUGUCGUGCUGGGUACGUGCAUAGGCAAGAUGCGUGAGAAGGGCAAACCACUGCUCGGACUGUUCGAAACGCUCAGUGAAGCGAUGAUGAUUAUUACCUCGUGGGUCAUCUGGAUCUCCCCGAUCGGUGUACUGUUUCUGGUAGCGGCCAAACUGCUGGAGAUGGCAUCCUUCGUCGAGGUAUUGGGACAGCUGGGAUGGUACUUUAUGACUGUGAUGCUGGGACUAAUACUGCACGGUUUCGGUACAAUUUCGGUAAUCUUCUUCCUAACCACGCGCAAAAUGGCGUUCCCGUUCAUUGCCAAGAUGAGCCAGGUUCUGGCGACCGCAUUCGGUACCGGUUCCAGCUCGGCCACGAUGCCCAUCACGAUCCGCUGCCUUGACAAUAUGGGUAUUGAUCCGCGUGUUACACGAUUUGUCAUUCCCGUUGGAGCCACGAUCAACAUGGAUGGUACGGCACUGUACGAAGCCGUCGCUGCGCUAUUCAUUGCUCAACUACGUAAUAUUCAUCUGACCUUUGGUCAUAUCGUUGCUGUGAGUGUGACAGCCACGGCUGCCUCCAUCGGUGCUGCUGGUAUUCCGCAAGCCGGUCUUAUAACGAUGGUAAUGGUGCUGGACACCGUAGGAUUACCGGCCGAGGAUGUCACCAUCAUCAUUGCCGUUGAUUGGCUCCUCGAUCGAUUCCGUACGACUAUUAACGUUAUGUGCGACGCCCUAGGAACGAUUCUCGUCAACUCCCUAUCGAAAAAGGAUUUAUCAGGCGAAGCCAACGGCCAUCUGGAACUGGCUGAACCACACGAACUGGUAGAACUGCGACCCGAUCAGAAGGAAUAA